UGUUGAUGAUCAGUCUUCAGUUGACUGGAGUGCUUCGCAGACGCCUUCCUCGCGAUUCCGGUGUUUCUACAGAACAACUCAGUGGUGAGAGAAAAGUGAUAAGAAACUGUGUGAAGCUGAAUUAAAGCAAAUCAAAAAAACAACAUGAUGCCCUUUGGCAAGGGACUGUUUAUGGUAUGGAUCAUUGUCUUCGCGCUAUUCGUAGUGGAGCAAUGCUUGGCAUGCAGCAAAGUUCCUGUCUUCAACGGACGUCCGGUCACGAAGGAAAAGACACCAGGCGAUAACGGAUACCGGCUGGCAGUGCGGAAUGAUCCAAGUGGCUACGAACCGGGAAAGAUCUAUAAUUUGUUCCUCGUUGGGUCUCGCACCCACAUCAAGCUGCAGCAAUUUUCUCACUUCAUGCUAACAGCCCAAGCCACCAGUGGUACAGCUAGCGGUGCUCGCACCUUCAUUGCGGGACCGAAGCGUGUCGGACGGUUCCAGCUGUUUAGCGACUCGUUGACCAAAUUCUACGAUCACUGUGUGAAUACCGUGACGCAAGCGGAUGACUUCCCUAAGACCGAGGUGCAGGUUAUGUGGGUUGCUCCGGCUAGUGGCUCGGGAUGCGUAAGCCUGUCGGCGAUGGUAUUCGAAGGGGAAGAUUCCUGGUACUCGGAUGAUGGUGCCCUAACCAAGGUUCUGUGUGAAAUCAAACCAGACCCGUCGGUGGUCAAGGGUGAAUGUUGUGCUUGCGACGAAGCGAAAUAUAAUUUCGUCUUCGAAGGGAUCUGGUCCAACGAGACACACCCGAAGGAUUUCCCGUUCGCAGUUUGGCUGACACAUUUCUCCGAUAUUAUCGGCGCUUCUCACGACACAAAUUUCUCCUUCUGGGGUGAGAAUCACAUCGCUACCGAUGGCUUUCGAUCGUUGGCGGAAUGGGGCUCCAUUCGUCAGCUAGAACAGGAAUUGCGCAGCAAAGGACCCCGGUUGCGCACACUUAUCAAAGCAGCUGGACUAUGGUACCCUAGAGUUAACUCAAACACAACCUCGAAUUUCCGAGUGGAUCGAAAACAUCAUAAGGUUUCACUAGCCUCCAUGUUCGGUCCAUCGCCGGAUUGGGUCGUCGGAGUCAGUGGUCUGGAUCUGUGCAGCGACCAAUGUACCUGGGUUGAAUCGCUAGACAUCGAUCUGUAUCCUUGGGACGCAGGGACUGAUAACGGUAUCAGCUACAUGUCAGCAAACUCCGAGACUCAACCAAGAGAAAGGAUGCACCGGAUCACUACAUUGUAUCCGGAAGAUCCCCGAGCUCCCUUCUACAACUCCAAAUCCAAGGAAAUGGUCCCGCUGGCUAAAGUUUACCUCCGAAGAGAAAAGGUCAUCCAACGUAACUGCGAUGAUGAGUUUCUCCAGGCGCAAGUUUUGGAACUGGCGGAAAACACAGAGGAAGUCACUAGACCCGAGUGUGAAACAACUGCAUACAGUGAGUGGACGCCAUGUUCGGUAACGUGUGGCAAGGGAAUUCGAAUGAGAACACGAGAGUAUAUACAACCUGACAAGGCAGCUCAGUUCCAAUGCAAUAGACAGCUGAUUUCCAAAGAGAUGUGCGUUGCCGAUAUUGCAGAGUGCCAAGGUGAGGUGCGUGAAGCAGAUGAUAGCUCAGAAGAUAUUCGCAAAUCAGCUGCGAAUGUAAAUGAGGAGGGUGAGGGUAUAGGAAUAUGCAGAACUACCCAUUGGAGCGAUUGGUCUGAAUGUUCGGCCAGUUGCGGAAUCGGUGUUACUAUGAGAACAAGAACGUUCAUCGAACAUAUGGGAAGGAAAAAGUGCCCACAUAUUAGCACAGUUGAAAAGGAAAAAUGCAUGCAACCAGAAUGCAGCCUCACUGACGUAGAAGUACCAGACUCGAUGUGUCCCGUUACUUCCUGGAGCGAUUGGAGUCCCUGCACAGCCACAUGUGGUAAAGGAGUUAAGAUUCGUACCAGGCUUCUGUUGGUUGGUCCAGAGUUGCAAGAGAAAUGUUCUCAACGUGUUGAAUUGAAUCAGCAGCGUGCAUGCACGGAAAAGGCAGACUGUCUGUUCGAUGUGUUCACCGCUCGCGACAUCUGCUCGCAAACUCCCGAAGUCGGAUCGUGUAGGGGAAAGUACCAGCGAUACGCCUACGAUGGGGCACGAGAUAUAUGUGUGCCUUUUCUCUACAGUGGAUGUCGUGGGAAUCGGAACAACUUUUUGACCAAUGAGGAUUGCGUUCAAACUUGUCGAUCAGCUAGAGCACGAUUGAACCAUGAAGAUGUACAUUAUCAAACAACUGCUGGACCCACUUCGGAGAAGGAGGAACUACCGGUGGACUGUGUUCUGUCGGAUUGGACGGAAUGGAGCGCAUGCAGUGUGACUUGUGGAACAGGUCGAUCGGAGAGGUUUCGCAAUGUGCUAGUGCCCGCUCAAAAUGGCGGACAACCAUGCCCCAGUAGAGUUGUCAAACGACGAAAAUGUACCGGACCACCGUGUGCUUGAAGAAUCAAUUCACGGCGAAGAUUAUGAGUUCGAAGUCAGAAAAUAAAAAAUCGUCUAUUGUGGCAUUUCAUAUGAAUGUGUUAAAUAAAUUUACUGGAAUCACUC